CUGGAUCCAGUUUGAAGGCAGACUCUGUGGUUUUGCAGAGCUUUGGUUAUGGAGGGCAGAAGGAAUAUCUAGGACUCUUUCUGUCAGUGGUCCUGGUUGUCAUCCAGGGCAGAAGAGGGGAGAGCUAUACUUUACUGGCCACUUAUCUACCUGUACUGGAGGGAGGAUUAGUGUUUUUUGCAAUAUCCCUCUUUGUGUGAGGUGCUUUUGUAACACUGAGUGAACUUCCAUUCCUUGACAGCUUUUAUACCUUAAUGAAAUUCUUACGUUAUUAGCUCUUAACAGAAAAGUGUUUGAAAAUCAAACAAUAUCCAAUUUAUUUAUUUAUUUUUGCCUCAGUUUAGUGUUUAUUUUUUGCAAUUGACUCUCAAUGGACCCUGUUAAGGCAAAGGAGUUGCUGGUUUGGGGUGGGAAGCAAACUUGCAAAUCUUUUACCUUUCCAGGUUGUGCCAAUGAACUUGGGAAGUUUACAGCUUGAUUUGACACUUCUUGCGUUGAGCAAUGGAAAAUAAUGUGGAUUCCUGGUUUCCUGAAUUUAGGAUUAUUAAAGGCCAGAUUCUUCUUUGCCUUCACAGAAAAGAUGUUUUUGUGCUGCAGGUCAUCACUUGCAUGCAAAAAUCAUUCCUGGAGGAAGCAACAGCUUCUGCCUUCUGACAGCUGCCAAGCACUGCCACCAAUUGCUCUAGCUGCCACUCCCAACAGCCCCCUGCAAGAGCACAGACAUCAGUGCCCAUUGGCUUUGGCUGCCCUGUGGCAAAGAAGUCCCCCAGGGGCACAGCUCUGUGGGGCAGGAGACGGGCACCAGCCCUGCCAGGACUGGGGGCGGUGGCAGGUCUCCUUGGGUGAGGACUUGCCAGAGCUGCUGAUUUUGGUGCAGCCCCGGGCAACGGGAUGGGAGCAGCAUUGGUGCCCUCGCCCCCACGUUCCUUCUGUGUGUCACAGCCCCGUGUUCGGGAGGGCCACCAGCCGGCACUUCUCCCGAGGAGCCCGUGCCAGCUCGUGUGGAGGCCCCGUGGCCUUCCCGCUGCGGCUGCCUCGGCAGCUGAGGGGGCUCCUUCUGCUGCCGUGGGCAGGCACAGCAGGGGAGGGUUUGCUUAGUUUUUCAGCUGUGCCUAAAGUUUGUGUCCAGCUGUCUUGGAUGCUUUGGAGAAUGGACUCCUUCCCACCUGGGGCAGGUUGGCCAGGCUGGGGGAGGCCCCAUGGCAUGUGGCAGUGUGUCACAGGGCCCUUUGUGACACGUGAUGACUUAGUACUGGUGGUGAGGUGGCCACGCCUCAGUGCUCCUCAGAGCAUGUGGCAGGACAAGCAUGUGACGGAGCCCCCGUACAGCCAACUCCUUCCCUGCUGAUCCAGAGUGUUUUGGAAGCGUUACUCUUGCAGGUGCCCUCGAGGCAAGACUGCAGGACUUGGUGACCCGCAGCCUUCCGAGGUUUCCCCCACCCUUUCAGCAGGUGCCUUUGAGGCUCAACCGCAGGACUUGCUGACCUGGAGCCUUUACAAGAACUCUUCCAUCCUUGUGGCAAGAGCCCUUGAGACCAGACUGUAGCUCUUCCAUGGCUCCUCUCCUGCUGGUGCCCUCAAGGCCCCACUGUGGGACUUGGUGAUCAGUAGCUUUUCUCAGGUUUUUCUGUUGCAGUUGCCCUUGACGCCAGACUGUGGAGUGGUGUGGAGACGCCUUAGCCUGUUUGGGAUGAAGAAGGUGAAGGAAGGUGCUGGGGCUGCCCCAGCUCGGCAGCCUGAAAGAGUGGAGUGGUUCCAGCCCCUGCAGGAGGAUCCAGGCCGGGACCAGACACAGGAGCAGGACCGCGCCCGGGGCCGCUUCCACAGGGCAGCACAGACAUUUAGCAACCUGAUAGGACCUCCGUGUAGAGAAAUGAUCACCAUGUUGACUAAAGGCACGGCAAAGCCUGACACCAUGCUAACUCAGAGUCUGGCUUCUGCUCCCAGUAUGGAUUUCUUUGGGGAGAGAGUUGUGUCCCGUCGAGAUGAAGUGCCGGCCUUGGUGAGGAAAAUGCACCAGAGUCUCUCCUCCAACACACCUCCAGAUGACAGGCUGUUUAUCAACAUUCUGAGGCUGACUGAUGUGUACCCUGCUGAUGUUGUGUUCACCCUCCUGCGCUGUGCCCCAUCGUGUGACAGAGCUGCUGCAACCAUGUGGAAGACCAUCGCCUCAUCGGGAAUGACAGUGGAGAAGGUGCUACCAAAGCUGCUCUGCGUGAUGGAGGACUGGCCACUGCACAGCACUUCCACCUCUGACGGGGACAAAACAGAUGUCUUUGCCCUGGCUGCAACCAGGGUGAUUUGGGAGAUCCUCCGCCUGCCCUGGUGCCCAGAGCCACUGGUGAAAUAUUCCCCCCCACUCCUUGUGCAUUUGCUCUUCCAAGUUUUCAUCAGCACAAAGCAGAUGCCGGAGGAGGUCAACGCCUUCUGGAGGGGAUGCCGGGAGAAACGUGGCCUUCCCGCCAACCCCAAUAGGUUUGCAGGGCAGACUGUGAAGGCACUGCUUCGCCGUCUACGGUGUCUACAUUUGGUGAUGGCAAUGGAACGGAAGCGUGGCUGGGACACACUCCUCAACACUGACACCCACCACUACGCAGUGGGUCUGCUGGCCAGGGAGAUGCGUCGUGCCUCGAGCCCCUUGUGUUCCCCGGUUGCCCUCUGCCUGCUGGGGCUGCUCAUCAGGGAGAAGCCACGCUGGGAGCUUCCCGCCAUGGCAUUCCUUGUGGAGAUCCUGGACUGCCUGGACAUGACUGACUGCGGUGAAAGCAUCCUGGAGAUCCUUUCAAGGCACCUACAGAGUGAAUGCAAAGAGAGACGUCGCCUGGCACUCAGAGGCCUCGUGGUGCUGAGCAAGGAUCCUGUGAUGGCCAAAAGAAUGUGCAGCCUCUCUGAAAGCCUUGUGGAGCUACUGCAGGAUGCAGAUGUAGAGGUGGUCGGGAUGGCCUUGCCGAUGUUCAUGAAUAUGCUGCAGAACAAAGACAUCCUAAUCUCCAGGCCCACUGCCCCGAAGCUGGCUGAGGCUCUCCGGCCACUCUUUGACAGUGACAACAGCCAUGUGCAGGUCCUCUCCAUUCGCCUCUUCCGAAAGGUGAUGGAGUUGGUAGUGGCUGAGGGAAAGAAGCCCCUGGAGAGAUAUGUGAUCCAGAGCCUGUUCCCACUCUUUUUGCACUGGCAUGAGGAGAAACAGGGACUGGCAGAGGCCUCUCGGGAAGCGCUGCUUGGUGCAGCCAAGUUUCUGAAGAGGAGGGAUCUCAAUCAGCUGCUGAAGACAGAGCAGCCAUUGAAAUUUAGCGAGCGCCUGCUGGAAAAGGACAAGAGAAGAGUGGCCGAGUACUUACACCAGGCCCUGCCAUACCUGGAGAGCCCACAGGAGCCCCUGCGAGAGGCGGCCCUCAAGUUCAUUGGGAUCGCUGGGGGGUACCUGCGGGGACAGCCCGAAGAGCUACAGGUCAUCUGCGAAGCCCUUCAAGCCAUGAGAAAAGACAACUGCCCCUCCUACACAAGCGUGAUGGUUCAAGCCCUCUUUGACCAAAGAGCUGCAGUAUUAAAUUCAUCUGCAUCGAGACAAGCGGUGUCCCUAGAAAAGCACCAGAUACCAUUCAACAGGAGACCACCUGGAGACCAGAGGAAACCAUCUGGAGCUCCAGGCACUGAUGCCAAGCCCAACUGAGCCUGCCAGGAAGGCCUUGUGGCUCCUGGCCUGUCCUUCCCUCUUGACCCAUCCCUGCCUCCAUACUGCUCCAUCCCUUUAGCCUUCAGACCCAGCCCAUUCCCUUCUCGUGCUCCCAGCACAUCCCUCCACUUCUCCUUCCCUUAAUAAACAGUUGGGUUUCUCCCCCCUA